AUGGCAAGCACAACUUUCAAAGAUUUCGGAGCAAUUGGAACCAAAAAACCUUUUUCUAAAGCAGUUGGUGAUAUGACCGGCCUAUCAAUCAACAAACUUUCAGGAUACUUGUUCAAUCCGCAAUCACCAAUCUUGUCGAGUAAUGAUCCGAUUAUUGUAGCUGACAACAAAAAACCAAUCAAUGUCUACAGAACUACUAGUAGUAAACCAUCUACUAUUGUUAACGCUUUCAAAAGAUCCGUUGGUGUCAUUGGUGAACCAAAAUCGUCACCCAUCUCCAUCCCUACCCCUAAGCCUUCCAUCAUCUCAAAUCCAUUUUGUUGGGACUCGUUAUUAGGUGAUCAGAUGGUUGAUUCUAACGGGAUGAUUAUUGAUCAACAAUGCGAUAACGGUACAAAUGAAAUUUUGAUCGAAGGAAAAAUUAAUUAUGGUGAUGGUGAUACUAACGGCGUCGGCAUCUUGAACAACAAUAAUAUCAUAAAUCCUGGUUACAACAUUCUUGAACGAUAUCCAACAUUGCUCGACUUUCCUUCUGAUUUAUCUUCGGGAUCUGAUUGCUCAUCCAUUGAUUCAACAUCGCCAAAGAAUGACAAAUUGUUCACAGCCACCUUAUCGUCAUUAUGUAAACGAUCUUCCGAUUAUGACGAUCUCAUUGUCUCCCUUGACCAGAGUCCAAUCAAAGAUGAUAGUUUAUUAACAUCAUUAUUAUUCUACGACGAUGACGAUGAUUGUUCAUCAUCUAAGGCCAAAAUUGCUAAAAGAUCUUUAUUAACUGCAUCAUUAUCUCCUUCCUCCUUCUCUUCAUCUUCCGCAGACACUAAUGAACCAACAAAAAAUUGUCAAUCAACUGUCGCUGAUACCAACUUUUUUGAUUAUCCUAUCAAUUCAUCUGAUUCUUCUAAUAAAGAAAAAUCGACUAUUGUUUCUUCUGGUGAUACUACAACCACUUGUACCAUUGAUGACGAUAAUAAUAACGACAACACUAAAUACAAUGAGUCGGCCUCCUCUUCAUUAUCUUCCUCACCAUCAUCAUCUUCAACACUCGGCAAAUAUGAUUCUGAUGAUCCUGAAAAUGUAAAAUCCACCACUAACACCACUGCUAAUAAAAUAAAUCAAAGAGUCCGUAGCAAUAGUGAUCCAGCUAAAUCCACCAUAUCGAGUGAUUCUAGUACUACAUCUAAUGAAUCAGACAAAGAACAGAAAAAGGCUAUACUUUAUAAAACUGAAAUGUGUAGAAAUUGGGAAGAGCUUGGUACUUGCAGAUAUGGUCCUAGAUGUCAAUUCGCUCACGCUGUAAAUGAAUUGCGUCCAGUAGCUCAUCACCCAAAAUAUAAAACUGAAAUAUGCAAAACUUUUUGGGAUAAAGGCACUUGUCCAUAUGGUAAACGAUGUUGCUUCGUCCAUAACGUGAACAGCAAAUUAAUCAAAGGACUGACCAAGACUGCUAGUGAUCCUUUGUUACAUGGAUCCUACACAAAAAACUUGACAACCGAUACCGUCCGUGCAUUUGCUGAUGCUUACUUUUCUGGAAAUGCAGCAGAUGCCCCCACCUCUUCCGUCAUCCAAUCUCAACCUCGUCGACGUGUAUCAACAAGUCGUUUGGCUUGUUUCCAAAAGAUUGCUCCUUGA